AUGGAGCAAUUGCCAGGAUUCGGGACCGCCAUCGGCGAAGUCCUGCUGCCAACUUACAAGCUUUACACACCUUUACUGCUGAAGCAGGCGGAUGCGAUAAAGGCAACGAAGAGAGAGUCCUUCCCAUACGGCAAACACCCACGUCAGCAGCUGGACCUGUAUACUCCUGUCGAUACCCCAGAAUCACAGAAUAAACUGGUCAUUUUCCUCUACGGCGGUGGCCUUGUUAGAGGCGACAAGAUUAAUCCGAAUUUCCCAGAGGCAUUGGUUUAUGCCAAUCUCGGCCAUUUCUUUGCAGAAAGAUUGGGGUGCAAGGUCGUCAUUCCCGACUAUCGCUUAAUCAGUCACGAGGCGAGAUUUCCUUCGGGUGGCGAAGACCUCGAACUGGUCAUCCAAUUUAUCCAGGAGAACGUACGACAUGAUUCGCGUGGGCCACUCAGUCUGCAUAUCAUAGGGAACUCGGCCGGCGGGGUGCACCUGGCUAGUUAUCUAUUUGCGCCUCAGUUCGCAGCAAGCCGGCGAAGGAUCUUAGGGCGAGACGCCGUUGAUGUUAGAUUGUCAGGCGUAACAUUCCUUGCCGUCCCGUUUCAUUUUGACCAGGCGGCUGCUGAGAGGGCAGAGACGCUCGCGGCAUAUUUUGGCAAAAAACGUGCAGCAGCACGCUCCGCUCGGCCUCUUAAGAGCCGCCAAGGCAGACGGCUCCAUCAAUGA